AGAUACAGUAUAGUUCCUGCUCAAGAAAAAUGUUCCAUCUGCUCAUAUCCUCUUCUCACAAGAGGCUUCUAUGUCUUCCCAUGUCACCAUGCUUUCCACUGCGAUUGUCUAAAAAAUGAAGUGCGACUGUUAAGAUUAUUUUUAUGAUUAUUUUUAAAAGUUUAUAUUUACAAUUUAUUUUUCAAAAAAUGGUGUGUGUAAUUUUGUUUUUAUUUUUUCUCCUUCUUUUUUCAGAUUUUACCCAAUCUUAAAGAGAAACAAAGGUGUAAAUUUUUCUGUUAUCGUUUUUUCUCUAUGCUGCUCUCUACCUUUGUGGCCCUGGUUGUCGUUGAAUUGGUUCGUUAUAAACCCGUGAAAGGAUGGUGAUGAAGUUAUAAAUAUAUCAAAAUCAUAUAUGUGAACUGCGGGUUGAGGAAUUAUAUGAAGUAGUAGAUCAUCGUAGUUAUGGAAGCAACUUUUGCUGUUGCGAAAAGAAAGACUGAAAAAAGUUCAGGCUUGUACGGGAUUCGAAUACCUCUGCGAUACUGGUGCAGCGCUCUUACCAGUUGAGAUAACUGAUAAUUGGUUUUUCCUAAUACGUAAUCAAUGGGUAGUGAUUUAUCCUGCGGAUAGUCCUAUCCACCUUUCUAACAAGUGUCUCAUUUAUGAAUCGGUUAUAUGGCCCAGCUCAGCCUUCGCAGCUCAGUAGUCAGCUGGUCAGACCAGCAUCUGGAAUUUCACUGAUUCUGUAUCUCUGGCUUCCUCGUAGAUUACAACCAAAUUCUUGUUUCUCCGUCUGCGAAGCACAGAAAUCAUUAGUUCCAUGAGCAGGACUUUAUUAAAAUGACAAGUAAAUGUGUCUUUUUAUGCUGGUCAUUUUACCGCCAUGCAGCUUGAAUUUGCAGAGCAAAGGUUCAAGAUCUGUUUAAUCAGCUGUACAGGACACCAAGAUCUGACUCCGCCACAGCUACACCAGCAUCAAGAGAGUCUCUCAAGGUAAGAUAAAUCCUAUAUGCAUACCGAGUUUUUUUCAAGUUUAUAAUUAUUAUUUUUCUUAUUCCUGAGAUUUCUCGUGAAACUGAGAUACUAGGAACGAAUUAAUGGGGUGUUCCUGUCUGUUUAAGGUUUCCAUUUAUUUAGGUAUUUAGAACAUUACUAUUACACGACAUGAUCAUCGAUGAAUACCACCUUAUCAUGUCGAGAGCUCAAUAAGCUAACGAGAACAAGUCUCACGGAUACUAAACAACUCAAGCUCUUUUCCUCGAAAAGUCAAUGGGUGGGGGUGUCUGUACAGAGGUGUCCGCGUGAUGGACAGCAAAUAAAUGACCAAAGAACAGAGUUUACGGAGUUGUCUUUUGUUGACUGCAGUUCGAGUAGUCAGUUUUAUCUUACAGAGACCUGUGUUAAGCACUUAUUAGAUGGGUCAGUUACAUAUAACGCUGACUAAACUUAGUUUGUUAUGUAUUUUUAGAAUGAACUGGAUGACCUAAUAGCAUCUGAAUGUCUUUAUUGCGGGGAAAUUAUGAUCAGGUAAGGGAAUCCUAACAUCGUUACACCAGUCGACUGUGCCAGAGGAUUUAGAUAGAUAGAUAGUUUAGAUAGAUAGUUUAUUAAAAUAUCGAACAUGGCAGUCCGCAGACUGAAUUGCGUUACAAAUACUUAAAACUAAGAUUAAAUAAAUUCCAAAAUUAUAAAUACUAAUUGAAAUUAUAACAAAAAACAUUUCUAUAACAAUGCGAAAAACUCUCUCUAUAUAACUAGGUACAAACUAGUCCAAAAAAUUAUGUACACAUACUUGGAAUAAAAGUGUUCUUAAAACGAUUUGUAUGUGUGCGGGGCAUGGCAUAAGCCCUGGACUGUCUUAGAUUAUGUCUGUGUUCUCUCUUAGGAUUUGUGUAAGCUCGUUGAACAUAAUAAAUGACGUCCACACAUCUACAAAAAAAUACUGAAAACUUAUGAGAUCAAAGAUGUAUAGUUUUUUUCUUAACAGCAACAUCUUUCCUCUUCCUUUUCUUCGUUUCGCGGAGCCAGAAAACGAAAGAUUGAAAAGCACAGCCAUUUCUAGUCUUUAUGGUUUAAGAUUGCAUCCGAAAAUGGGAAGAUAAUCACACAUUUAGAUAGCGGGCAAGGUUUUUCCUUAAUCCUAAAGGACGCGAGAGAAAAGACUUCCCUUUCUGACCUUGUUUUCACUGGAAAAGAACCUCGGAAUACAUGCAGGUACCAGUGUGGCAUAACUAUGAAGGUCAAGUAACGUUUAGUUUCAACCAACCAACCAAUCAAUCAAUCAAUCAAUCAGUCAAUCAAUCAAACUUUAUAUAACGAGUGUGAUACGUUCUAGGGGAAAAAACAUCAUGAACUUGUGGCCCUCAAGUUUGUGAUGUAUGUCUUCCGUUCGUUUCAGGACCAUUGACCAGCCCUUUAUUUUGCCUGAGGAAUAUAACAGUGUUCUUGAAAGCUGGAUGUGA